UAAAAUGAAAGCAGAAGCGGCAAAGUGAUUCAAGACUUGUACACCAAAGCAAACACACACACACACACACACACACAAGACAGAAGCUGUAUAGUGACUUAGAAAGGACAAAGACAGUGAAAAGAAUCACAUGGUAGUGAGAGCUUGCCUAGUUCAAGGUGGGUGAGGAGAAAGUAAAUAGACGAAACUGGUUCAGCAGGUAAACCGGCAUGAAACGACUGUUGUGGACUGCUAGCACGCUCAAGUGAUGUAAAUAUUUAAUCAAACCGAAGAUUUGCAACCUUCUCAAGCUACAAAUCGGAGACACGAGAGAAAGUUUGCACUGUGGUGACACAAUGACAUCAUCCAGGAAAACCUGGGCGUUCUCCUCUAUGCGUUCAAAGACUAGAGCGCCACUGGAUGAAGGGGAAAAUUAUUUCAGAAGAAGAUUGUUUUCUUCUUUUAGAAGUGAUCGACGUGAACAAAGAUCUCAAGGAGAGGAAGAUGACACAGAUAAGAGAAGAACUCUCUCGGAUACAGAAAUUGAGACCAACAAAGGUGUCUUUCUUCCAGGUGAAGAUCAACCAGACAUGGGAGCCAUGAAGAGGUUCAGUACCUUAUUUUCGUCCUUCCGGGGAAAAAUCAGCAAAGACAGAACUGGUAAGGAACCAGAUCUGCCUGCUAGCAGAGAGCUCUCUUCCGUGGAAGAAAAGGCAAAGGAGCAGCGAUACGCUAGCGGGCAGUUUUUCUUCGAAUAUCUGGUGGUGGUUCGGCCUAAAAAGACCAAAGAUGGGAUAUAUGAGCCACAGAUCAUCUAUCAGUUCCCUAAGAAGGAUGGAAUGGUGCGAUUUCAGAAGGAGGAGGAAGAGAAGACAUUAAAGGCACUCACACUUUUUUGCUUCCCAGAGGGUGUAAACUGGGCGCCCUUAACAGAAUAUCCCAGUGAAACAUUCUCUUUCGUGCUUACAGAUGUUGAUGGAACGAGGAAGAAUGGAUACUGUAGGAGGCUACUGCCUGAUGGGAAGGGGGCUCGUCUGCCUGAGGCCUACUGUAUCAUCAGUAAUUUAGCCUGUUUUGGACUCUUUUCCAAGAUCUUUGAUGAGGUGGAGCAGCGAAGAAAAAUCUCAAUGGCAAUGAUUUACCCAUUUAUGCAGAGCCUGAGGGAAUCGGCGUUUCCUGCCCCUGGACACACUGUUAAUAUCAAAAGUUUUAUUCCAGAAAGAGGCACUGAGAUCAUCAGUUUGACUCGUCCGACAGACUCCUGGCUGGAGCAUGUAGAUUUCCGCACAUUGUUCAAAUGCCUUUCAGAUGAGGAGGUGCUCCAGGUGUUUGCUGCUACUGUGCUAGAGCGGAGGAUCAUCUUCAUCGCUGACGAGCUUGGGACGUUGUCUCAGGUGAUCCACGCAGUGGCUGUAUUCCUGUAUCCAUUCAUCUGGCAGCACACGCUCAUUUCCAUUGUUCCCGAAAUCCUAAUCGACGUCGUCAUGGCACCCACACCAUACCUGCUGGGUGUCCAGAAAAGUCUUGCAGAUCAGGCCACUGACCAGACCGAGCUGCUUGUUGUUGACUUGUCAGAAGGCAGGAAGGAGACAUUUAUCAAGAGUAUGGGAGAUGAGGACACAAUAUUACCUCACAAACUCAAAGAUGAAAUCAAGCAGGCCCUCAGUGCCAAAAAUGAGAAUUCAAGUCUUGAGGAGUUGAACCAGGUGGUCCCAGAAGCUUUCCUGCCGUUCUUUAUCAAGACUGUUGGUCACUUCUCUAAGUACAUUGUGCGGAACGGCAAAGACCAGCGGGGAGAGUUCCAGCGAACUAAUUUCUGUAAAGCAAUAGAAUCCAAGAGCACACGACGGUUUGUGAAGAAAUUUGUACAGACGCAGAUGUUCGAUCUCUUCGUUCAGGAAAUGGAACAGAGACCCGCCUCUCAGGACGGCACAGGGUUUUUUGACAAAAAGAUCGCUGAAUACCACAAAAAGAUGAGGGAGAAAGCCAAGAAACACUAGUGGAAGCACUCACCAAAGUAGCUGGUUGUAAAUCUUGUGUGAAAUAAAUCAGUCAGUAGUAAAUCAUUUUAAGGAAUGUAGAUAGAAUUAAAUGUCAGAUUGUUUUUUAUUUAUGUUGUCAUACGUUUACUGCUGUUUGUCAUUUGUGUCAGGGUCUUGUUGGGGGUUAUGGGUAACUGUAUUGUGAUAAGCUGCUGUAUUUAAUGCAUGUAAAGCUUGUUUCAACUAGAAGCGUUUUGACCAGAAGGUUCAAUGUCACAGAAACUGAGCCAGUGGAAACAUGCUGAAUUCAAAAACAAAACAGAUUCAACGAAUGAAAUUAA